UGUACACAUGCUCAAUUUGUUUGACAAAAAAAAAACAAAAAAAAAAAAAAAAAUCCAAUAUUUUUAAAUUUCUUGUCUAUUUCAACCGAAUAGGUGGUGCUUGAUGAUCAUGUGAUCAUAGUAUAAAUCGUUGAUCGGUAACCACACCCACCUUCUCUGUAUUUUUUUUUGAUGUCAAUAGAAUGCCCUGAAAUAUUUUGAUUUUUUUUCUGAUACGAAUUUCUAUUUUUAAAAUUUAUAAAAUCAUUAUGUCUGAAUGCGAUUCUGGUGGAAUAUCAAUUGAUAAUUGUCAAAAUGCUUAUGAAACUGAAGAAGCAAAACAAAUUCGUAAACUAAUCGAACAUCAUUGUGGUGUGUUUAAAUUUUCAUCAAAUAUAAAAUUGUAUUGUAAUUUUUGUCAUUUCGAAUUUACUGAUCAUAGUGAUGAAAAUGUACAAAAACAUUUGAAUGAUGUGGAACAUUUGAAAAAUUUUCUAAAAAAUUCACAAAAAUCACGCAAAAGUCGUCGAUCAUUGGAAGUUUUUAAUGGUGGUGGUGGUGGUGGUAGUAAUCGAUGCAUAACUUUAGCCACAAAUGAAUUGGUUCUAGUAAGCGAUGAUGAAGAUGAAACUGGUGAUCCUGAAACGAAUAAAAUCGAAAUCAUCAUCAAUGCAUAUCAAUCCGGAGUGCUGGCAAAUCGAAAAUUUGAUAAAAUUCAUUGCAUACCAUGUGAUAUAGAACUACGUGAUUCAUUGUUGUUGAUCAAAAAACAUUUACUCAAAGAUCGUUUACAUUUGAAAAAUAUGAUGAAACUUGAAAAUCAAUCAAAACAAUAUGCAAGUAAAGAAUUUGCUGGCAAUAAAAAAAUUCAACAAUUCGUCGAUACAAAUGCCAAUUGUCUUGAAUGGGAUGGACCAUCAUUGAUACAUUGUAAAGUUUGUCAUAAAGUCAUACAGGCCCGUUAUUAUACACUCAUUCGUCAUUGUCAACGUCGAUCACAUAAAACUCGUCUAUCAUCAUGGUUACCAGAUGAUAAUGGUACCGUUUUGUCCAAUGAUGAAAAUAUUUACAGACAAAAAAUUCAAAUGGAAAAAGAAAAAUUGAAAACAUUAAUGGAAACGAAUCAAGAUUGUUUACUAUUACAUGCAAAUAAAAUCUAUUGUCGUUUAUGUGAAAAAAUUCUCAUCACUAAAUAUAAUAAUGUUUUAAAUCAUCUUGGCCGUUCGAUACACAUUGCUCGAAAAGCUCAGGAACAAAAUAAAACCAAUGAUGAUGGUGAUGAUUCAAUGAUUACCACGAUUGAUAAUAAUCAAUCAUCACAAGUGCAACAAAAUAUCGGAGAAAUAAUUGAUAAUCUGCUACAAAAAGAACAAAAUCGAUUGAAUCGUUUGAUAGAAAAACAUUCAGAACAUUUAAUUCUAUACAAUCAUUGUGAAAAUGUUCUCUGUAAACCAUGUAAACGAAUUAUGUUGGCUCAAUAUAUAAAUGUUCAUAAUCAUUUACGUCGUCAAAGUCAUAAAGAUAAAACAAUACUAUAUGAUGGUGGUGGUGAUGGUGAUACAAAUAAGAAAAAAUUGACAACAGAAAUUGUCGAAAUAACAGCCAAUGAUGAAGAUGAUAAUGAUGAUGAGCAAUUGGUGAUGAAUUCUGUUACUGGAACCGUAGAAGAAGAACAGGUUAUACUUAUCGAACAAAUACCUAUGGGUGAUCAAUUAACAUUUAUUUAAAUGAAAAUUUGAAACAAAUAAACUUUUCAUUUUUUUA